AAGAAGCUGCAACAACAAAAAAACCCGAAACUUCACCACCCAAACACGGCCUUAAUCGAAAAAUCCCCCCAAAUGUAUGACACAUUGAAGAACUCCUACCAGCUCUUCGAAGAAAUUGGCCGCGGCCGGUUCGGCACGAUCGUCCGAGCCUUCUCGCCGGACUCGGCCGAGUUCGUCGCAUGCAAGAUCAUCGACAAAUCGGUCCUUACCGACGAAAUCGACCGCGCGUGCCUCGAGAAGGAGCCCAAGAUAAUGACCCUUUUGUCAUCGCAUCCCAACGUUCUCAAGCUCUUUAACGUCUUCGAGACCGAGGACUCGCUCGCGAUGGUGCUCGAGCUCUGCGAGCAGGAAACGCUCUACGACCGGGUCGUGGAGCGCACGCUCUCGGAGCCCGAGGCCGCCGCGAUCAUGAAGCAGCUGCUCGAGGCCGUCUCGCAUUGCCACCGCCUCGGGGUGGUUCAUAGGGAUUUGAAGCCGGAGAAUGUUCUGUUUGAUUCGAGGAACAAUUUGAAGCUCGCGGAUUUCGGGUCGGCGGAGUGGGCCGGCGACGGCGGGGUCAUGGAGGGCGUGGUCGGGACGCCGUACUACGUUGCGCCCGAGGUGCUGAUGGGCAGGGAGUACGAUGAGAAGAUCGAUGUUUGGAGCGCCGGCGUGAUGAUGUACAUAAUGCUCAGCGGGAUUCCGCCGUUUUACGGCGAGUCGGCGACGGAGAUCUUCCAGGCGGUUUUGCGAGGGAAUUUGAGAUUUCCGCCGAAGGUCUUCCGAUCUGUAUCGCCGGCGGCGAAGGAUCUGCUGAGGAAGAUGAUUUCCAGAGACGUUUCCAGAAGACUUUCUGCUGACCAGGCACUUAGGCACCCAUGGAUCUUAAGUGGUGGAGAAGCAAAUCCAAUUGACUAAAAUCUGACUUUUGGGUCAGUCAUGUCAAUGAACCAAAUCCAAGUACAUAGAUCCUAAAUCCUUGUCAUCCAAUCUAUGUGAAUACGAAGCAAUCCCACUUUCCUCUCUUAAAAAACGGAAAAUCCUGUCGUCAAUGGAUCCAGGAAACCCCUCUUCCUCUCAAGAGCUCUUUAGCUAGGAAGCAGAAGUAAAUGGAGAAAGACUUGCAUGGAACGACGUCACAGUAGAAGAUUGUAGAAUAUGAGAUGGAUCAAUCAGUCUUUUAUGAAACGAGUUCACCGUCAAGCAGAAGAUGAUCGGUUCAAUCAGUCUUUUAUGGAACGAGUUCACCGUCAAGCGUGGAAGCCUAGCGUGGAAGCCUGUAGAUGUGGAGAGAGAAUCUUGAGAAUGUAGAUAGAAAAUGGGGUUUAUGGGGAUCCUUUGUCUUUCCCCGCCUUCUCUUGUAUUUUUUUUUUUCGGUCAGAGAGAGAGUCGGAAGUGAGAAAGCAAACUACUCCCAUAUAGCCUAUGUGCUACCUUUUAAGUUAAAAUCGAUGUUUUGUGUACCAGAAACCUUGUACGAAUCCGCGGAAUGUGAGUGUUCAACUCGGAAUCUGAGGAAUAAGUUCGUGUUGUGUUUACGAAAUGUAAUGUGAGUGUUCAACUCGGAAUUUGAGUUUUCUUUUGAGGAAUGCUAUUUAUAUUAUGUUUUUGUACCAUA